CAGAUUCAGUCAGAAAUCAUGGAGGCAGGUGCAGCUCUCCUGCUGCUGUCUGCACUGUUGGCUUUUGGUUCAACUGAAGACUUUUAUGGAGACAGCAUCAGUUUCAUGCCUCCACAUGUGGAAACGGAUGGAACAUUUGAGGUGACCUUUCAUCACAGACAGAACGGCAGAAGUGAUUGUGAGAAUCAAGAACCCUACAUAUGGAAGGACGGGAUGCACACAAGCUUUAUCACGACGAUUGGAAUUCAAACGGACGAGGACGACACAGGCCAAGGCAGGUGGUGCCAGACCGAAGGACACACAACAGCGACCGGCUUAAUUAACGAAACCAGCUUUAGUGUGAGCGACUCGGGCUGCUGCUGGGUGUCUAAUGUCAACGGAAAAACAAACUGGACGACCCAUGCAGAGUUGGACGUGGGAACUCGAUCUGACACACAUGCCCUGAACAACUGUCCCGUAACCACGACAGUGUCUUCUUUACGGGCGCCUCAGAACUGUUUUUCGGGUUUUCAGCUUCUUGCACACGAUCCAGAGGGAGAUCAUGUGAAAUGCCACUUCACAUCAGAAGCAAGCGUUUCCUCAAACUUUACUCUGAAUGAGACCACGUGCACGCUGACAAGCACGGGCGAAGUCGCCGUCGGUGUCCACGUGUUUGAGAUCAUGCUGGAGGACUAUCCCACCGAAACCAUCAAUCUGACCUACAGAAACGGAACAUCUGAGAUUUGGGAUGCCUCCGACAGCGCGGCAGCAUCUCUCUGCAAAUUAACCCUGCAGUUUUCAUUGGACAUCCUCUCUCCAGUACCGGACUGUGACCCCGGUCAUGUGCUGCCCAUGUUCUUGCCUGCGACCCCUUUGCAUGGCAGUGUCCUAUCAGCAUUUGUGGGUCAGACGUUCCAUCUCAGCGCUGAAGCACAGGCUCACCAUGCCAGCAUAAAUGACUUCCAGAUCAGCGGCCCCAAGAGCAUGACCAAAGAGUUCGUUGAUGAAGAGCACGGAAAAGCUAAAGUCACUCUGAGCUGGACUCCAGAGGACAGCGACCUGCACAGAGCUGUGCCGGUGUGCUUCACUGCAGACACAAAUGAAACCCAAUCAGAUAUGAGGUGUGUUGUUGUCACAGUGUCCGAAGCAUCGAUCCUCCAAGGCAAGGUCAGGAUUCGUUGCUUAGCCAGCAAGAUGGUGGUGGCAAUCGAGAAAGCGUCCAUUCCCGACGUCGACGAGAACUUCCUCAGGCUGAAGGACCGAUCGUGCCCGCUCACCUCCAACAGCACCCACAUCAUCGGCAAGAUACCGUUCAGCACCUGUGGCACGAAACUGGAGGACAAAGGAGGAUUUAUUACUUUCAAGAAUGUGAUCUCCUCCUUUAACCUGCCCGCUGAGGUUAUAAACCGCAGGAGGACCGUGAACAUCGACGUCUCUUGCCAGUUUCCAAAGUCCAUCAGCAUCUCCAGUACCUACAAGGUUAAAGAUUCUGACUACAUUUUCACCGAGUCCAGCUUCGGCAGCUUCGGCUACUCUUUUGACAUAUUCACCGAUGGCAACUUUACGAGUAAGGUGGAGCCCAGCGCCUAUCCGGUGGAGAUCAAGAUGCUGGAUACGAUUUAUAUGGGCAUCGAAGCUGAAUCAGAGCUCCCAAAUGUAAAGCUGUUUGUUGAGUCGUGCAUAGCCACCCCCGAUGACAACCCCGACAACAGCAUCUUCUACGACCUCAUCAAGAACGGGUGCCUGCAGGACGAGACACUUAAAGUCCACACAACUGAUGACGCUUCGUUCAACUUUGAGGUUCAAUCCUUCAAAUUUAGUGGAGACUAUGAUCAGGUGUACAUCACCUGCUCCGUCAUCCUGUGUGAGCCCGAGAGUCCCUUUUCCAGAUGUGCUCAGGGAUGUCUGACAGAUGCGGCCCGCAGACGCAAGCGAUCGUUGAGCCGGGAGACGACCAGCCGCCAGAUCAUCCAGGGUCCUUUCCAGUUUCCCAAACAGGAUGUUCACCUUGCUUCUGUGGAAAAUACCUUCAACUAUGUCGUGUUGGACAGUGACACGUCUAUUGUAGGAUAAUAUGUCACCCGUCUAUCUAUCCAUCUAUCUAUCCAUCUAUCUAUCUAUCUAUCUAUCUAUCUGUAAAAAAAGGAAAAACUGCUGCACUGUUGUCUGUCCAGUGAUUCUUUCACCGGUGGCGUCGCUGGCUGUGGUUGUCGGUUACUUAACCAGGAAGAGAAAAGCAGAAGACCUCAAGUCUCUUAUAGUUUCUGACUGGGAGAAUUCAACCUCGGGAAUCUGUGUGUACGACAUAUUUGUUUAUUUUGUGAAAGGAAAAGCUUCACGUCUUUUAAAAGUCUGUCCUACUGUUUGAGCAUUGAAAUUAUUUUUUGCUUUUUUUUUUCUUGCACAAAUAUACUCCAAAGUUUAAUAAAGAGAAUAAAAAGAGGUUGAGAGUUAGUCACUUGCCCUGAUGAACUCAAACUGAAGCCUCCCAUUAGCUCAGAUAAACUUUGGAAGGACUUUGUCGGUGUUAGAAAGGAUCUUAAUAGCCAGAAUGAACAGGAGGGAUGAUUGCACCCGUCUCUGUAUUCAGAUCAACAUCUGACUACUGAACUAAGACAGACGAGAAAAGUUAUGAACCUGUCGUUUAAAGACUUUCUCUUGAUGCGUUUGUGGAUUAAUUUUGGCAGGAGUCGCACGUCAUCUGUAAUCUUCCGCACUUGUUUCCUGUCUGACUAUCAGUCAACUGUAAAAUAAAAGCACAUGCCACGAGAAUAAUCUUAGAAAGCAAUCUUAAGAUGAAGUGCGUCGUUAAAGCAUUACACCACGCUGACAUUGGUUUUGAUCUCUAUUCCUGGUUGUGGUUCCAGCCACGGCCCUGCAGCUCAAAGCUCAGUUCAGUGUCAGGCCAGUAACUGUCGGUUGCACGGAAACAGCAAUCCACUCCGUCUGGUUUCGCAGGAUUUUUGUGCAGCCAGUCCUCAUUGUGUCAAACUUUUGUAAACAGGUUCCCAGCAAUUACCUGCAGGUGUUCAACGUUUGUCUGCUUAGUCACACGUAUAGUGAUACUUGAAUGUAAUCAGUCAUUUUAGACCAUAUGUAAAACACAGGUGUAUCCAUGUGUGUGUGUGUCUGUUUGUCCACCAGUCAUAAAUACAGAAAGGCCUGUUAAACCUCUGAGUUUAGAUUCUGCUGUUGUCUUGAGUCCAUUCAUUGAACAGCGUCAAACAAUGUGAGAGUCCUGCGUUUUGAAAUGUGCCGGUGGAGACAAGUUACCUUUAAAAAUAAAAAACCUUAAAUAAAUAUUAAAUAUUAAAUAUUUGUAGCUUACAAGCAUAUUGCAGUAAGACGGGCAGUUCUGGUGAGUAAUAUCGGUAUAUUCAUUUGUGGGAAUUUUAUUUACAACAACAGGGAAAAUGUAUAUCAUAGUAACUUUCUAUUUUAGUCUUAGUCGCAUAAUAAACGUGUGUGUGCAUGGUU